CAUCAACAUUGCUCUGUAAAUCAUCAACAAAAUGCGAUACCUUUUUGCUGUUUUGUCUCUAUUGACGUUGGUCAAUGCCCAAUUCGGCGGCUUCUUUGAUCAAAUGUUCAACCAGCAAGGAGGCCACGAACACCACCAAGCGCAACAGCAAAACAACCCAAGCGAUGCCAACCACUACAAGCAGAAUUACGAGAAUUCUGUCUGCGACAAAUACCUCUGCCCCGAUACUCUCGCAUGCGUCCACUUUCCUCACCACUGUCCCUGCGCCUGGGAUGCUCAACAGGAAAAGUUCGAAUUAGCAGAGGGACAACGUCUCUGUGUUUCCCGGGGUGGAUUCCAGCCCGGUGAAACAGCUCGAAAGAUUGAAUUGGCAAGAAAGGGAUUACUGUGAACAAACGACAAGCAUGACCACCAACGACAAUACGAGUGAUAACCGUAAAUAUUAGGAAAUGAAACAUGACCUCUACCCAUAAGACUAUGUGCCCUGCGUCUCCAUCAGAAUCUUGAAAGCGAGCGAGUAAUCAGAUAACCUCACACUCCUCCU